AUGGCAGAUAAAGAAAGAAAAUUGAAUUCUAAAGUUGCUUACUUUUACGAUCCCGACGUCGGCAACUACUCUUACGGUUUUGGUCACCCAAUGAAACCUCAUAGGAUGAGAAUGGUACAUAAUCUCAUCUUGAAUUACAAUUUAGAUAGUAAAAUGUCUUUAUUAAAACCUCCGCGCGCAUCUCCUGAAGAAAUGACUCGAUUCCACACCGACGAGUACAUUGACUUCCUUCAUCAUGUCACUCCAGAGACUGCAACAGAUUUAACUAGGAAUCAUGAAAUCUUCCUCGCAGGUGAAGAUUGCCCUUCUUUUGAAGGUUUGUUCGAAUUUUGCUCGAUUUCUGCAGGCGGUAGCAUUGCCGCCGCAAAUAGACUCACUUCCGGUGAAUCUGACAUCGCUGUCAAUUGGGCAGGUGGUCUUCAUCACGCUAAGAAGAGAGAAGCUUCGGGUUUCUGCUACGUUAAUGAUAUCGUCCUCUCUAUCAUUGAACUCCUUCGCUAUCAUCAACGCGUUCUCUACAUUGACAUCGAUAUCCACCACGGUGAUGGCGUUGAAGAAGCUUUUUAUACAACUGAUCGCGUACUCACUUGCUCUUUCCACAAAUACCCUGACUACUUCCCUGGCACCGGAUCAACUGAUGAUACUGGUAUUCAUAACGGUAAAAAUUACUCCAUCAACUUCCCUCUAAGGGACGGCAUAGACGAUGACUCUUAUCAGUCCGUUUUCAAACCCACCAUUCAACGUAUUAUGGAAUAUUACAGACCUGGUGCUGUUGUCUUGCAAUGUGGUGCUGAUUCUUUAGCUGGCGAUAAAUUAGGUGUCUUCAAUCUUAGUAUGAAAGGUCACGCUGAAUGUGUCGACUUUGUUAAGAAGUUUGACCUUCCAAUGAUAGUACUCGGUGGUGGUGGUUAUGCUGUUAGGAAUGUGAGCAGGACGUGGACUUACGAAACUGGUUUGCUAGUAGACAAACAAUUAGAAGAAGAUUUGCCCUUCAACGAUUAUCUCGACUAUUACGGCCCACGUUAUAAACUUGAAGUUCCAGAAACUAAUAUGGAGAACCACAAUACUCGGGAAUACCUUGACGACAUACAGCAAAAAGUUUUCGAUCAUCUCAAUCACCUUCCCUUUGCACCAUCAGUCCAGAUGCGUGAGGUACCUUCAGAUCCAUGGACUUACAGUGAUCAUUCGGACGACGAAUUAGAUGAAAAGAUCUCCAAAGCCGCUAAUCAGAUUAAUCAGGUGUAUGAAGAGCCUGAAAUGGAGGAGGAUGACUAUCAGUCUGCUUACAAGAACAGAUCAAAUAGACUUAAUGGCCGUAAUCGUACACAAAACCUACAGCGACAGAAGAGAAAAUUCUUUCAGUCUGCCGCUAUAUCUAGUGCUCAACAGCAGUUUACUCAUAAUGAUAAUGGCUGCGGACAUUCACAUCUACCCAAACCUCAACUAGACGAUUUGCUCAAAUUGGUAGUCGGUUCAUCAGCACAGAAGAGACCGACGCCUUCACGAACACAUAUAUACGAACAAUCUCCCGAGUAUUUGUAA